CGGAUUCGGUUGGUGACGCAGUAGCCUGAUCAUUAGCGAAGAAAAUAUAUCGGGGGCUGAAAAAAAAGUCGAAAGAACAAGAGAAAAGAUAGCGAGGGAAUUCAGGAGACUGUAGCUGGUGUUUUAAAGCGGGUUAAGGCGGUAUUUUCCGACGUGACGGCAGAAAAUAAUCGACUCCGGAUUGGUCUGUGCCGAGCUCGGUUGGUUGGGCCCGGACAGGUUAAUUGUCAAGAAAGAUUGGACGAAUUCUGUGUUUCUUCAAUGAGGAACUACAGGCUGAUCUUCUGCCACAAUCUCAAGCAACCAUAGCUAGCUAAAUAAAAAUGCUUAUUCACUAAGGGUGAUUGGUGUAUAAGUUAUUUUUUAAGUGGGUGUCUGUGCUCAGAGAGACAAAACAGCUUUGCUUUUUGGCUGAAGGAAGAUAUGAGGAAGAGCUUCUCUCCUUCACCGAGUAACAGCAACUCUUCAACUACUAACAAAUUUUUUGGAGUUCCUCUUCAUGAGCUACAGCAACAAGGACAUCAUCGGGGGAAUGGAUCUCGAUUUAUAGUGAAGCAUAUUGUGGAGUAUCUGGAGGCAUAUGGUAAUAUUGAAGAUGAACUUGGAAGGAAGUUGAAAUGCUUCUUAGAUGAGCUUCCAGCAGUUAACUAUAAUCUCCUGAAGUUUCUGUGUCAAUACCUGGUCAAGGUAGCAUUACAAAAGGAAGAGAAGUGGACUUCAAGGAAUCUUGCUGCUGUAUUUGACCUGGAUGUUUUCCAUAUUUGCACAGAUGUGGAAGAUAUGAAAGAACAAGAAACAGCUAGCAAUAUAAUGUCUGAACUCCUGGAAAAUUACAGUGAUUUCUUUGGUACCGAAGAGUUUGUGCCCACAAAUAUUUCAAAUUCAUUUUGUGUUGAGGUUACAGAAUCAUGUGAAGAAGGUGAUAAAAUAGAACAAACUGCACUUCCAGAAAAAUCUGAGAGGAUAUUGAUGAAUGCUGAACACUUGACAAUAAUGAAGAAUACAAAUGAAUCUGACAUUGUUUUGUCAGCAAGUGCUCAUGGCUCCUCCAUCGACCAAUUGACUAUAUCUGCCGAAGAAAAUCUUACUGAAGAGAACAAUCAUAACUCUGAGGUCAAUAAAUCAGUCCUUUCAGAAGCUUUACAGCAUGCAGAUAAUUUGGAAGAGAAUGAUCAGAAGCUUUCACUUCAUAAUUGUACAUUGGAAGCAUUGAAAAUUCAUUUGCACCAGGAUGUUGAAAAUGUUGUGGAAAACUUGUCCCUCCCCGAUGUUCCACUCCUGAAUGUGCCUGAAGAAAACUUGGACAAUAAACCAGUUAUAGAUGAAGAAAAUAACAAUAAAACAGAAAGGCCAGAAAGUACUUCUGUUUCUGAAAUUGACGUAGGUAGUUCUUUCAUGUUAACCUUGAAUUCGUCUGCGGAAAUUUAUGACUUAAAUGCUAACAAAAAGUCAGAUGUGCCAAAGAGCAAAGAAGUUUCUAAUCAGGAUAACAAAGUGCGACCAGAAAUUGCUCACCUUGAUCUGAAAAGGGUGACUGAGACAGGUGACUGGGAAGCGCCAUGUACAAUCACUUUUCCCUUCAUUGAUUUCAAAACAAUGCAUCUUCAAAGAGAUGGGAAUGAUCCUGUUCCUGCAUUUAAAUCAUGGCAGGAUGAAUAUGAGCAUGAAUUAGGAGAGGCACAACUUUCACCACAAGCAGGCAGACUGAUUAGCCACCCCCUUGAAGAGGACCCACCACCUAUGUUGUGCCGUCGUUACCUUAAUUUUGGUCACAGUCAACGUUUUAUACACGAAUCUGAUUCAAAAGCCUCUUCCUUGAAAGGACUUUCCUCCUUUAGACCACGACGAUCAUCAUUUGAUUCCAAUGAUGAAAAGGAAGAACAUGCUCAAUUGCAACUGACUAAAAAAGUUCAGAACAUCAAAAAGAAAAUAAAGUUAUUUGAAGAACAGUUUGAAAACGAGAGAAAGUAUAAGCCAUCCCACAGUGACAAAGUAGCAAAUCCAAAGGUUUUGAAAUGGAUGAAUGAACUGGUCAAGUUACGCAAGCAGUUAAAAGAGGUAAAAUAUAAAACUUCAGAAAAUGAUUUGGAGGUUCUACCUGUAAUACGACCACGGAGCAAUACUCUUCCAAAGAGCUUUGGCUCCUGUUUGGAACAUGAACAAAGAGAUGAAUCGAAAGAAACAUUAGAGAAAGAAAAGAAGCCAUCUAAGGAAGCAACACUGGAAACUAUCUUAAAAAGACUUAAAGAAAAACGAGCCGAGGAAGACUGGCCUGAAGAUAUUAAGGAAAUGCGUCAAAAUCAUUUAACAGCAGAGAAGAUAGCCCUUCAGAAGAGCUUGUUAUACUUUGAGAGUAUUCAUGGACAUCCGGUAACAAGGGAAGAAAAGCAGCUAGUGAAACCAUUAUAUGAUCGAUAUCGCCUUGUGAAACAGAUGUUGGCCAAAGCAAGUGCAACACCAGUUAUUGGUUCUCCAUCAACCAAACGCCGUGGCCAGACAUUACAGCCAAUCAUUGAAGGUGAAACGGCUCACUUCUUUGAAGAAGUAAAAGAAGAGGAGGAGGAUGAGGAUGACUGUAAUGUAACAGCAGACUUCACUCUUACCCUAAGGCCAGACUUACAUGCUAGGAACUUUUUAGAUCAGUUGGAUAAUGAUCACAAUACAAUUGCAUCAACUGUAAAAGACACUUCAGUAAGGCUGAGUCUUGACUUGGGGGUAUCAAGCAUGCAUGCUGCAUCAAUGCCAGAACUGCUUGAACAACUAUGGAAAGCAAGAGAUGACAGAAAGAAAUUACGUAAGACACUGCGUGAGUUUGAAGAAAAGUUCUAUAAAAAAAAUGGAAGGAAUGUACAGAAAGAAGAUCGUACUCCAAUGAUUGAAGAGUACAGAGAAUAUAAACGCAUAAAAGCCAGAGUCAGGCUUUUGGAAGUUCUUAUUAGCAAGCAAGAUACAGCAAAAUCACUCUAAGUUGGUUUAAUGUUGAUCAAUACUACCUUAACCACGAGCAAUGUGUUGAACACUUUAUCAAUGGAACUGGUGCUUACCUCUUUUGUAACGUAACCCUUGCCUAAAGCCAAUCCGUGCACUUACUCUGGUGCUUGUUACAUGGUAAUGAGCAAAGGGUAUUGUUGUAUCUCAUGAUUGCUAUGAACAGUAGAUGGCUGCAGAGUAACUAAAUCUGUACUGACUAAUGCUUCGUCAGGUUGAUACAUCUUUUGCUGGAAUUGACAGUAAUAAUAUAUUUACUGUGGGUACUUAAAUGUUUUUUUUUAAUUAUCUGUUAAUGAAAUAGUGUAUAAUACAGAAUCAUUUAUCUAUCCAUUAUCCAUGAAGACUGAUUACAAACUGCAGAUUGAUAGAUUUAUUUCAUUUUCAUCUGCGCUUGCUGUAUUAAAAAGCUAGAAAAUGCUUCAUGUUUUUUUUCAGUUCCAGAACUAAAUUUUCAGUUUGGAUUUCGGUUUUCUAAAGGAUUUGUCACAAAGUUGCUACUCUGUUCAGAGCAGAAAGGCAGAGUAGUGAUUUUCAGUAGAUUUCCUCUUAAACUAUCAAAGUGGGCAGAGUCUGAGCCAGAAAGUUGAGGUAUUGCACCUAUACACUUGCUGUAGAUAAUAGAUUGAAGUUGUUUGAUACUGUAGUUUGCUGUCCACAAUGGUACAGAAAGCACUAAUAUACAGUAAAUGUUUAAAUAAAUUGCUGUUACUUUUACUAAAUGUAUUAACAUUGAGAUUUGUUCUGCAAAGUGAAAUAUUUGGCAGCAUUUGAUUAAUGAAUGUUUUAAUGCAAAAUACCUGCUUUCAGUAUAACUUCCUGUGCCACUUUUUACUGAUAAAAACUGCUCUACAGCAGGACGAAGUGUAAGGUUUAUUGUGCAGUGAUCUUGUUUUUCUUAAAGAAACACUUUUGGAAACAAUAUGAUAACUUUUUGAAUCUCCUUGUCAUUCAAAGAAAUAAGAUGGGUGUUGCUUUAUAAUGCUAUUUGUAACUGUGAUAUCAUUGCAUGCAUCUACUGUAUCUGUGUAAUUUAAGCAGCUAUGUUUUUUGCAUGAUUUUAAUAAGUAGUACUUUCAAAACCUCUGAAUGUAAACAGCACAAGGACCCUUUAUUGAAAGCAGAAAUUUAAGAUUGACUACAAUGGUGCAUCUUCGAAAAUAUCCAUUGAAAGAUAUUGUGUACAUUUUUGUACAUGAUUGGGUUCUGUCUUUGUGUAACAAAAGAAACAGCAAAAUGGUUAGGCACUGUAGUAUGUUGAAUAUUCACUGUUGAAAAAUUACAAUAUUACUGCAUUUAAGUAUGAAGACUUUAAUAAAUGCAUGGUCUCAGCACUUUGAAGUGUUUUCUUGUGUGCAUCUGUGUAUGUGAUAAGUUUUGAUAGCAAUGUGACAUUUCCACACUUCAGUUUUAAUCUGAUAUUUUUAAACCUGUUUUUAAUCUGUAUUUUCACAAUGUUGAAAUUUUUAAACCAGUUUUAUCUAUUCUUGCAUAGUGAUAACUUGCUUGAGUCACAGUUAGAAAUUGCUUAAGAAUUUUAAGGAUGAAUUAAAUUUUACUGGAGUAUGUAGGGAAAAAUGAUCAUAAGGCAUUAACAUUUAAAAUUUGAUCUCUGGAAUAACAUUCUGAAACAUUAGACAUUUAAAGCAGUUUUUAUUGCUUGUAAUAAAUUUCAUGUAACAAAACCCUGGAUGGCAAGAACUUCAUAAUGUGCCAUUGUUUUUGGCAACCUGGAACUUGUGGUUUUGUGUUAUGAUGAACUGUGGAAUUUACCACAGUGUAUGUUACAUGUCAAUUAUUUAUUUUGAAGUUUAAUAUAUCGAUUAGUUUUCCUAAUAUGUUUGCUGUGUCUAUAACUUUUACUUUUAAUAAAGUGUUUCCCAUGUUA